AUGAAGAUGCUGGAGUAUCUUAUUCAAGAAGGGUCAGAUGUGAACAAGGCUGAUCCAAAGGGAUGGACACCAUUCAAUGCUGCUAUUGAAUACGGUCAUCUAGAUGCUGUCAAAUAUCUCAUAGAUAAAGGAGCCAAGCAGAACAGGUAUGAUGGAAUGACCCCACUGUAUGCUGCAGCUCAAUCCGACCAUUUAGAUAUCGCGAAAUUCUUCAUCUCAAAUGGCGCUGAUGUUAAUGAAGAAGAUGAUUAUGGGAUGAUUCCUCUUCAUGGAGCUGCUAUCAAUGGUAACAUGAAGAUCAUGGAGUAUCUCAUUGAACAAGGGUCUGAUGUAAACAAGGCUGAUCCAAAUGGUUUGACACCAUUCAAUGCUGCUAUUUACAAAGGGCAUCUAGAAGCUGUCAAAUAUCUCAUCGAUAAAGGAGCCAAGCAGAACAGAUAUUAUGGAGCGACCCCUCUCUAUUUCGCAGCUAAAUUCGGUCAUUUCGAUAUAGUGGAAUACUUCAUUUCCAAUGGAUCUGAUGUUAACGAAGAAGAUGAUAAUGGAAGGAUUCCUCUUCACGGUGCUGCUAUCAGUGGUAAUAUGAAGAUCAUUGAAUAUCUCAUUGAACAAGGGUCUGAUGUGAACAAGGCUGAUACAAAGGGUUAUACACCAUUCAAUGCUGCUAUCCAAUGCGGUCAUCUAGAAGUUGUCAAAUAUCUCAUCGAUAAAGGAGUCAAGCAGAACAGAUAUUAUGGAGCGACCCCUCUCUAUUUCGCAGCUAAAUUCGGUCAUUUCGAUAUAGUGGAAUACUUCAUUUCCAAUGGAUCUGAUGUUAACGAAGAAGAUGAUAAUGGAAGGAUUUCUCUUCACGGUGCUGCUAUCAGUGGUAAUAUGAAGAUCAUUGAAUAUCUCAUUGAACAAGGGUCUGAUGUGAACAAGGCCGAUCCAAAGGGUUGGACACCAUUCAAUGCUGCUAUUUACAAAGGGCAUCUAGAAGCUGUCAAAUAUCUCAUGGAUAAAGGAGCCAAGCAGAACAGAUAUUAUGGAGCGACCCCUCUCUAUUUCGCAGCUAAAUUCGGUCAUUUCGAUAUAGUGGAAUACUUCAUUUCCAAUGGAUCUGAUGUUAACGAAGAAGAUGAUAAUGGAAGGAUUCCUCUUCACGGUGCUGCUAUCAGUGGUAAUAUGAAGAUCAUUGAAUAUCUCAUUGAACAAGGGUCUGAUGUGAACAAGGCCGAUCCAAAGGGUUGGACACCAUUCAAUGCUGCUAUUUACAAAGGGCAUCUAGAAGCUGCCAAAUAUCUCAUGGAUAAAGGAGCCAAGCAGAACAGGUAUGAUGGAAUGACCCCACUCUAUAUUGCAGCACAAUUCGGUCAUUUCGAUAUAGUGGAAUACUUCAUUUCCAAUGGAUCUGAUGUUAAUGUAGAAGAUGAUAAUGGAAGGAUUCCUCUUCACGGUGCUGCUAUCAGUGGUAAUAUGAAGAUCAUUGAAUAUCUCAUUGAACAAGGGUCUGAUGUGAACAAGGCUGAUACAAAGGGUUGGACACCAUUCAAUGCUGCUAUCCAAUACGGUCAUCUAGAAGUUGUCAAAUAUCUCAUCGAUAAAGGAGCCAAGCAGAACAGAUAUGAUGGAGCGACCCCACUCUAUGCUGCAGCUCAAUUCGGUCAUUUAGAUAUCGUGAAAUUCUUCAUUUCUAAUGGUGCUGCUGUUAACGAAGAAGGUGAUAAUGGAAGGAUUCCUCUUCACGGUGCUGCUAUCAGUGGUAAUAUGAAGAUCAUUGAAUAUCUCAUUGAACAAGGGUCUGAUGUGAACAAGGCCGAUUCAAAGGGUUGGACACCAUUCAAUGCUGCUAUUUACAAAGGGCAUCUAGAAGCUGUCAAAUAUCUCAUGGAUAAAGGAGCCAAGCAGAACAGGUAUGAUGGAAUGACCCCACUCUAUAUUGCAGCACAAUUCGGUCAUUUCGAUAUAGUGGAAUACUUCAUUUCCAAUGGAUCUGAUGUUAAUGUAGAAGAUGAUAAUGGAAGGAUUCCUCUUCACGGUGCUGCUAUCAGUGGUAAUAUGAAGAUCAUUGAAUAUCUCAUUGAACAAGGGUCUGAUGUGAACAAGGCUGAUACAAAGGGUUGGACACCAUUCAAUGCUGCUAUCCAAUACGGUCAUCUAGAAGCUGUCAAAUAUCUCAUCGAUAAAGGAGCCAAGCAGAACAGAUAUGAUGGAGCGACCCCACUCUAUGCUGCAGCUCAAUUCGGUCAUUUAGAUAUCGUGAAAUUUUUCAUUUCUAAUGGUGCUGCUGUUAAUGGAGAACAUGGUGAUGUGAUGAUUCCUCUUCAUGGAGCUGCUAUCAAUGGUAACAUGAAGAUCAUGGAGUAUCUCAUUGAGUUAGGGUCAGAUGUAAACAAGGCUGAUCCAAAGGGUUGGACACCAUUCAAUGCUGCUAUCCAAUACGGUCAUCUAGAAGCUGUCAAAUAUCUCAUCGAUAAAGGAGCCAAGCAGAACAGAUAUGAUGGAGCGACCCCUCUCUAUUUUGCAGCUCAAUUCGGUCAUUUCGAUAUCGUGGAAUACUUCAUUUCCAAUGGAUCUGAUGUUAACGAAGAAGAUGAUAAUGGAAGGAUUCCUCUUCACGGUGCUGCUAUCAGUGGUAAUAUGAAGAUCAUUGAAUAUCUCAUUGAACAAGGGUCUGAUGUGAACAAGGACUAUACAAAGGGUUGGACACCAUUCAAUGCUGCUAUUUACAAAGGGCAUCUAGAAGCUGUCAAAUAUCUCAUCGAUAAAGGAGCCAAGCAGAACAGAUAUGAUGGAGCGACCCCUCUCUAUUUCGCAGCUCAAUUCGGUCGUUUCGAUAUAGUGGAAUACUUCAUUUCCAAUGGAUCUGAUGUUAACGAAGAAGAUGAUAAUGGAAGGAUUCCUCUUCACGGUGCUGCUAUUAGCGGUAAUAUGAAGAUCAUUGAAUAUCUCAUUGAACAAGGGUCUGAUGUGAACAAGGCCUAUACAAAGGGUUGGACACCAUUCAAUGCUGCUAUUUACAAAGGGCAUCUAGAAGCUGUCAAAUAUCUCAUGGAUAAAGGAGCCAAGCAGAACAGGUAUGAUGGAAUGACCCCACUCUAUAUUGCAGCACAAGCCGGUCAUUUAGAUAUCGUCCGAUUCUUGAUAUCUAACGGUGCUGACGUCAAUGAGGUUGAUGACAAAGGGAUGAUUGCUCUCCAUGCUGCUGCCCGUAAAGGUAACAUUGAAAUCGUUGAGUAUUUUAUUCAACAAGACUCUGAUGUAAACAAGACGGAUAGAAAUGGACUGACACAACUGAACAUGGCAAUCAUCGAAGGGCAGUUGAAAGUUGUUAAAUUUCUCAUUGCUAAAGGAGCCAAUUAUUUAAGUUAUGAAGGUAUGACUCCACUUUACAUCGCAACACAAUACGACCAUAUCGACGUAGUGAAAUUCCUCGUGUCCAAAGGAGUCAGCGUAAACGAAGGGACUGAAAGCGGGAAGUCUCCGCUCCAUGCAGCAUGUUACAACGGUAACAUCGAUAUAGUAGAAUACUUACUUCUCAACAAUGCUAAUGUAAAUAAACAAGAUGAAGAUGGGUGGACGCCACUCCAAGCCGCUGCACAAGAAGGUCACCUACAAGUAGUCAAGUAUCUUUCAGUACGUGGUGCACACAUGAAGGAUAUGGAUGGCAUAACUUCGAUACAGACGUCGCCAAACACAGCUCAUUCUACUCGUCAAAUACAAGGAAUAUUGAUUACCAACACCUUUGCUCAAAUUGCGUCACGAAAUCAACAACAGAGAGGUCAUCGGACUGCAAUCCAAGCAGAAUCUGCAACACUUGCAGAACAAUCCAAACUACACGUUCAUAAUAUCUAUGAUGACAAUGCUUUCAUGCAAGCUGGCAUAAAAGAGGAGAUGUGUGCUGAACUCUCGUUGAGCACUGUGGCUCAUAAAGUUGAGGGUCGCGCCAAUCUGGAGCCAAAUCCUUUCUAUGGUGCCCAAUCGAAAUUUCCUGAGAAAUCUGAACAUGGUUCAUCCCAGGAUGACAUUGACGCAGUACAAAACAACACGACUAGGAAACAAUACAACCGAGUCAAUGAUACAAGCCGCUCUGUCUCACUCGGACCUCAGAAACUGCAAUACAGCGGAUUUGGCCCACCCUUCCUACACACCCUGAACAACUCUAUGACAAAUGGGCAGAUUUCAGAAGACCCAUGGUCGAGAUGGCAUCUCCCAACUGAAGAGAUUGGACUUACCAGAAACCCUCCAAGUCUGAUCACUGCAAGAAAUGAUCGUGUCAUUCAUGGAGCUUCGUCAGAGUCAAACAGAGCCCUAAGAUCAAAACCCUCAUCGACUGAUCAUGAAGAUGUCUACUACAAAAAACACCUCGCCUACAUAGGAGCAACUUCUGCCAACGCUGACUGGAAAUUCUUGGCGCAGUCAUGUACAACACAUACAGAAAAAUCUAAGCCCCAGGUGCACAUUAUUCAUGACGAGAAUGCAUUCAUUCACGCUGAAACUGAAGAAGAAAGUUGGGAUAGAAAGUCGUUGAAAGCUCUUCCGACAGGGACCCAUCAUCAUGAGGAUGACGCAAAUGACGAUCGUACUCCUUUCGUUGGUGCCCAGCCGAAAACUCCGAACAGACAGGAUCAAACACAAGAUCACUUGGAAGCUGUAGAUGACAUCAUAACUAGGACAAGAAAUAACGAAGCCAAUAAAAAUGACCUUCCGAAAUCCCCCGGACAUCAGACAUGGGACAGCAGAUACGAUCCACCAUUUCUACGGACUCUUAACUCCGUCAUGACUAGUGCCGAGCUUUCAAAAAAUGGAGGGUCGAUAUGGCAUCACUUAGGUGAAGAGAUUGGACAAACGAGGAAAUGUUCCAAACCGAUUAUCACAAGAAGGGAUCCUUCCAUUGAGAGGGCUUCAUUGGAGUCAAACAGGUAA